UAGAAGACCAUGAUAGAAAUGAUACAUGACAGCACGUAUAUCGGCGAUAGUGUAUAUAAACCGUGGACUGCUCGAUAUUCUAUAUUAGAAUUACCAAAAAUAUUUUAACAAGCACGGACACAAUGGAUUCAUGGACAUGUAAUUACAAAUAUCUUAAGGACCUUUACGAGUUUCACAUGAUAAAAAACGAUGUCAAUCUUCGAGGCCCGGAGCCAGAGGUGGAAACACGCCGGCCGCAAACAUCAAUAGAGACUAGGGCCCCAAAGAAUCAAACUCAGCACUUUGAACGCAUAAGAGAGACAGUGAAGAGGGCCAUUGCUGCACAACAUACCUUCAUGAUAUGUGGUCGUGCACGUAUCAUUCGGGAUUGCCUUCUCAAUCGGGGUUGGUGCGAAAAACUUCAGCGAAAAAGUGGUCAACCUAUAGUCGGUGAACAACAACAAAUGGGCGUAGACUCUAAUUCAACGUUGCUUAUGGCUGGUAUCGGUGAUCUCAACGAGAUUCAAAACGAGCGACUACUCGUAUCAAAAAUGUUAACUAAUCACACCGUUGAUUUCCUGUGGAAUUCAAGCUCUGAGUGGUCUUGUUGGCCAUCGCAGGACAAUAAGACCACCAUAUUCAACAGGUUUAUCAAAGCCAAUUUCACUUCAAAGGUGGGCCUGUGCUCGAACGUUCGACAAAUGCACUGGUAUUAUGAAGCUGGCAUCGCCAAUAUUCUUUUUCCCCGCUGUUACAACAUAACACAAUCUGAACAAAUGCAUGCCUUUGUCGAGGACUUUAGGCUGACUGCAUGCUUGUCAUUACUCAAAUGGCUUGUUGACAAAGUUAAAAAUAACGGCGAGGAUUCCUUAAAAUCAGCAUGUGGUACAAUUCCACUUAGAGCUCUUGAUUUUGCAAUUGGUCGAUGCUGUGAUUUUCUGGGUAGUAAGUUGCACGAAGACAUUGAUCAAGAUCUCGAAAAAGUCUGGACUCAUCAGUGGGAGCAAUUUAUCGGCUGGUACUAUAAGCUCCUUCAUAAUCAUGCGCUCUUUAUUAUCACAAAUGUUUCAAUUAGUAAAUACUUUCUGGCGGCACGAUACAUUUUGAAAAAAGUUAAGAAAUUUUGGCCCCAACUCGAUAUGGAUGGCACUAUGAAUAUCUGGAUUUUGAAGCCCGGUAAUAAAAGCCGAGGUCGCGGUAUCAUCCUCAUGAACAAAUUGGAAGAUAUAAUUGCGAAAAUCACUCCGACUAAUAAGACUACGGAUACGCGCUUCGUCGUGCAAAAGUACAUUGAGAGACCCCUUUUAAUUUACAAUACUAAAUUUGAUAUCAGACAAUGGUUUAUCAUCACAAGUGCCCAACCUUUGACACUCUGGAUGUACAGAGAAAGUUAUUUACGCUUCUGCUCCCAAAAAUUUAGUUUAACUGAUUUUCACGAAUCAAUCCAUCUGACAAAUAAUGCAGUACAAUGUAAAUAUAAGAACAGCCCCGAUCGAGAUGUUUCUUUACCGAAUGAAAAUAUGUGGGACAUCGCUGCUUUUAAAGAGUAUUUAAAACUUCAGGGCGACGGAGAUGCUUGGGAUGAAUUAAUAUAUCCAGGUAUGAAACAAGGGCUUGUCGGAUCGCUUUUGGCAAGUCAAGAAGCAAUGGAUCGCCGAAAGAAUAGUUUCGAAUUAUAUGGUGCGGAUUUUAUGGUAAUGGAGGAUUUCUCGGUAUGGCUUAUCGAAAUUAACAAUCAUCCCGAUAUGAGCAAUUCCACAAGUGUUACUACAAAAUUAUGUCGCAAGGCUAUGGAAGAUACAGUGAAAGUGGUCAUCGAUUAUCGAAAAGACGCUAAUGCAGACACCGGUGACUUCGAGCUCGUAUAUAAACAAAAGCUCUCUCCCUGUCAAGCUUAUCUAGGCACCGGGCUCUCGCUCCACGGCACCCGUAUCGUCUUAGGAGAUAAACGUUCGAGUCUGGGUUCAACCAUGGCUUCGGUAUCAUUGGCUAAGCGAAAACCGAUCUUGCCGGGAUUCCCGGCAUUGUCCGCUCAGACCCCAAAUCGUGUCGGGCCAAUCCUCGUUGACCUUAUCGAGGAACUUGAACUCCAGCUUGAACAUGAAUUCUAUGAAUAUCUCAAACUAAGAUCAGCAAGUGGCUUAUCGAGGCAGAUUCUCCCUUCGGAUUUACCUACUUGCGAUAUCAACAGCAGUAUCGACCGAGAAUUUGAUUAUGUUGACAGCGAAACCAAUACUAUUACCAGAGGCAUCAAUCCUCCGAUUUCCAACUCUCAAACUACCCUCAAACCCCCUAUCGUUCAAUCGGCACUCAACACACAGAGGAAUGCUACAGGGAAAUUUUCAAAGAGCAAUUUAAAAAACUCGUCCAUAUCAAAAUCUGUAAAAUGUAAGGUAAAUACUUCUCAAGAUAAAAAUUCAGAAUUAUGUAUUUUAUCGCAAACAUCCAGCGUAGAUAUACAAAAAGAAUUGAAUAAAAUAAAAUCAUCAACCUCAAGAAAAACUGGAAAAUUAAAUCGCAUUAGCAAAUUAUCUGAAAAUAUUGUCGUCAAUGUUGGGUCGUUAGAAGCAAGUGAAAAUUCUACAAUAAAAUAUAAAAAAAUCUAUAAGAAAUCUCAAAAAAAUUUAAGUAGCAAAAUUAUCCCUUCAAUAUCCGGUACAUUCAUAUCAUCAAAUAAAGAAAAAGAUGUAAAAACAACAUUAUUAGAAGGAUCCAAAACUAACCAAAUUAAAAAACGUGUCUAUACAAUAAAUAAUCAAAUAUUUGACGAUGCAACAGAUAUGUAUGCCGUUGGACUUGCCGUGAACAAAUAACGAUAAAUCAAAUUCU